GCCCAGCUUUGUGUUUUCCAGUAACGUUUUCCAAACAAUACGUGUGCUUUUCCACCCGCUGUGUAAACUCACAGCCCACGUCAGUUUAGUUAACUACCUUCAGAAAUACAACCGCUCAACAAUGAGUGAUAGCGCCAUCAGUCUGGAUGCGAAGUAUUUCGUCCGCUCGUUCAUCCGCUUCCUUGCGAAGCAAAUUGAUCAACCCAACUUCAACGAAGACUCCCGGGAAAGUAUCGAAGUGGCCAUACAGUGCUUGGAAAACGUAUACGAGCUGAACGAUGGUGAGGAAGCGGCGGGUACGGGAGGAGAAACGGGCGUCAAAAAGGAAGACGACCCCCGGAACCAUGUGGAUUUGUACGAGCUGUACCGGAGCACGUACGUAGAGGUUUCGCCGGAACGUAAACAGGAAGCGGAAGGGCUAAAGAACGAGGGCAACCGAUUGAUGAAGGAGGAGAAGUACCAGGAAGCCCUCAACACGUACACAAAAGCGAUCAAUCUAGAUGCAACCAAUCCAGUGUUUUACUGCAACCGGGCAGCGGCAUACAGCCGGCUGGGUGAUUAUGUUCGCGCAGCGGAUGACUGCCGAAUGGCACUUCGACAUGAUCCCAACUACAGUAAGGCUUGGGGCCGGCUGGGGCUGGCGUACUCGAAGAUGAACGAACACAAACAAGCGGUCACAGCGUACCAGAACGCGAUACGGCUCGAACCGGAAAAUCAAGACUACAAGAAUAAUCUGGGCGUAUCGCAACAGUUCCUCGAGGAGCGUUCGCGUAAUCCCGGACCUUCAGCGGGCGCCGGAGGUAACCCUCUGGCCAACAUUGAUUUUGCCUCGGUUAUCAACAACCCGGACAUGGUGCAAAUGGCAACCCGUAUGAUGAGCGAUCCGGCAAUGAAUAACCUAUUGGGCCAGCUGGGAGGGAUGAACAAUAUGGACGCACUGCUGGAGACAGGCCGGCGCUUAGCGAUGCAAAUGAGCAGUGAAAAUCCGGAACUGUUCAACAAUGUCGCGCGUCAGAUGGAACAGGCCGGGAUUAACUUGCCCCGCAACAAUCCGCCCAACCCGGACGGCAGCCAACCACCGCCACCACCACCCCCAUCCGCCUCGUAAAUUCUUUCACCCUUCCCAAUGGAGCCACCCUCCCAAAUUGUAGUAAUAGCGGAACACCGGAGCAUUUUUGUCUGUGUUUUUUUGUGUUUUGUAUGUUAUGCGCUUUGUUCCCGGGGCGUAAAAUUUACCGUCCCCAACCAAAGCUUCCAUUACGGUAGAAAACCGACGAUCGAUACUUUGUUACAAGAAAUUCCCUUAUCUUGUACCUUUCCCCCAUUUGUGUCACUAUUGGACGAUCGUCGUGCAUGAGUGUAGCGGCCAUUAUUUAGCAUCUGGAUACCGCUAAGUAAGCGAUAGCGAACGUUAGUUUCCGGUCUGGCAACCACGAAAUUUUGUAGUGGAGGUAUAAAUAAUGACUAAUAAAAAUCACUCACAAACAUUCGGACUCGUAGGCAAAGCAAAC